AUGUCUAGACUCGACGCUGCCCCUCCAAAUACACAUGCUGGCGGUAAUGACGAUGCUCUUCGCACAAAGGGCAGCGAUCCGCUCAACGCUCCUCCCACGUAUGAGGUAGCCGAUGAAAGAGUCAACAUGGAAGAAUAUGCUAGGACAGUGCCAAGAUGGAAGAGAAUCUGGCAACACAGUUUGACACAAAUGAUGUUACUCAGUGUGCAGGCCUUCUGUGGCCCUGCCAUGGCUGAUGCUAUCGCCGGUCUCGGUGGAGGUGGUCUCGCAACUCCUCAAACCUCGAACAUUGCGACGGCUGUCAACUACACAAUGCUGGCUGUCUGCUGUGCCCUCGGUGGACCCAUUGUUAACAAGCUUGGAACAAAGUGGGCAUUGGUCAUCGGUGCUUGCUCGUUUCCAAUUCGAGGGUCUUCAUACUACUGCAACUCCAAGUUCGGAAACCAGUGGUACCUGAUUUUAGGUGGCUUCUUCACCGGCAUUGGCACCGGCACUUGGUAUGUAGCUGAGUCGGGCACCAUUAUGUCUCUUGCACCAUCCGGAUCUCGUGGCAAAUACUUAGCUCUUUGGAUCGUUGCUCGAAACUUGGGGCAGCUAGUUGGUGGUGCUAUCAAUCUGUCGAAAAACCACGAGAAAGGUGUAGUCGGUGGUGUAACACCCGAUACAUAUGUCGCUUUCUUGAUUAUCGAAUGUAUGGCCUUGCCCUUUGCCUUCCUCAUAUCCCCUCUUGAACGAGUCGUACGCUCGGACGGAACGCGUAUCCUAGUAUCCGAGAAAAUCGGCACCAAGAUGGAAUUCAAACAGAUCAAGAUAACUAUGACCUCAAAGCUGAUCUUAUUAUCUGCUUUCUGGGCUAUAUGGUCUUUCUUCUACAGUGGUACAUGGUCCACCUACCUUGGUACCUACUUCAGCGUCCGCGCCCGCGCACUCUCCUCCCUUAUCUCGCCUUUCUUCUGCAUCGUUGGAUGCUUCGGUUUGGGCUUCAUACUUGAUCUCAAGGGCGUCAGUCAACGACGUCGCGCACAAAUCGGUCUCUUCACAGUCGUGCUCCUCAACCUUGGCGUGUACAUCUGGUCGAUUGUCAUGCAAGCUCGUUUUAACAGCAAUAACCCCGGAAAGAUCGAUUGGGACGAUUCGUUAUAUGCGCGUUCCUUCUUGCCGUACUUCUUUGUUCAAACCACCGGUCCUUUGUCACAGUCGUAUAUGUACUGGUUGUUGUCUUCCUUUGCAACAGACGCUCAAGCCAACGUACGCAAUGGUGCAGCUUUCCGCUGUCUUGAGGCCAUCGGACAAGCCAUCUCGUACGGCAUGAACACGCAAAUCAAGACAUCGCCUCUAAUCGGAUUCUGCGUCACAUUCGGUUUGAUGGCUGUUGCUCUAGGCCCGAUGCUGGUAUUGGUGAAUUCAACACCAGACCGCAUCCCUGCUGAUGUGAUUGCGGAAGAGCAGUAUCACCAAGAGAAGAAGAUAGAUAAUGUGGAGGUUGAGACCAAGGUAUGA